UUUGGUGGAAAAGAGGCACCACAUGUCGCGCCACGGGAAGAAGCGAACGAAAAGAGAAGACCACUCAAGUCCGGCUUACGGAAAGGGCGAUGUGAAUCGGAAGGGCGUCCGGGUCAAAGAUGGGCAGCCGCAUCACCAACUCCUCGCAAAGGAAGAAAAAGAAAUGGUGGGAGGUGGCCGGCCCACAUCAAGAUUUUCUUGAAAAAAAUGGCCGAGAUUUUAGAAACUGCCACAACAAAGAUUGGUUUGUCCCGGUGGUAUAUAAAUAAGCUCUCCCCUUUAUUCACUCUCCUGUAUUUCUCUAUCACCCUUUCUUCCUUCUUUGGUUGCAGGCGGAGUAUCUUUACUGCUGCAUGGAAGAAGCCUGACUCCAGCAGUGGUACCAGACCAACGGCCUGCAAGAAUCAGAAAUCUCUAACCUGCAGACUGCAUUGGUGCAUAGAAGAAGACAGGCUCCAACAAAAAUGGGCACCUGAAAUAUCAACUCCCCUCGUGGCGACAGAUGAAAAGAAGAAUGGAGGAGGAGGAGGAGGCAGACAGAAGGCAACCACCUUUUUCUAUGAAUGUACUCUUUCUGGCUCCCCGAGUGACGCUGGUCUUUGUGGCCGGAGCCUGACCUCUAGGCGAGGAGGAGAGAUGGACGGGUUCCACCGGGCCGCCGUCCUUUUCUACUUCCUGGUUUUUUCAGUGGCCGUCGCCGCAGUCGAAAACUCUUUAGAGUCGGACAAGAAUGCGCUGGUGGACUUGAAGAGGUUCCUCCUCUCCAACAACAAGGUGCACCUGGGGAAGUACCGGUGGUGGAACGAGCAUGACGUGUCGCCUUGUGGUUGGGCGGGAAUUACCUGCACCGGAGGUCGAGUCACCGGGAUCGACCUCUCCAACUCCAUGCCGCGCGGCGAUUUCUACCCACGCUUCUCGUCGCUCACCGCCCUCUCCUCUCUCGACCUGUCUGGCAACACGCUGGGGGGGCAGAUUCCGGCAGAUCUCAGCCGGUGCGCCUCCCUCCGAUACCUCAACCUAUCCGCUAACGUCCUCGAGGGCCCCUUGAACAUCACUGGACUGGUGAAUCUUGAGACAAUUGACGUCACCGUGAAUCGGCUCUCGGGGGCCAUCCCCGCAAGUUUCCCCCCGAACUGUGGUAGUCUUGUCAACGUCAAUCUCUCAUCAAAUAGGUUCUCUGGCGAUAUUCUCGGCUAUUUCGAUGGAUGCGUCAAGCUUCAGGUUCUCGACCUCAGCUCUAACUCGUUCAUCGGGUUACCAUGGAAGGGAUUCGCUCGGCUUCAGGAGUUCUCCAUCUCCGGGAACAACAUUUCCGGCGAGCUAUCGGCGGAGAUCUUCUCCAAAGAGUGCAAGCUCCAAGUGUUGGACUUAUCUGAGAACACCAUCUUUGGAACGAUCCCAGCGGAGAUCGUUAGGUGCCAGGGCUUGGUAUUUUUGAAUCUGUGGGGAAACAAGCUGUCGGGAAGGAUUCCUGCAGAGAUCGGACAGCUACAGGAGCUCGAGGUGCUGAACUUGGGAAACAAUAGCUUCGACCCGGGGAUCCCCCGGAGCCUGGUGAACUGCUCGAAUUUGACGUUCCUCGACCUCAGCCGGAACGGUUUCGUCGGCGACAUUCCUGCCACGAUCGGCGAGUUUCGGCAGAUCCAGUCGCUGUCUCUCCACGGCAACAACUUCACCGGAGGGAUAGCCUCGUCUGGCAUUCUAAAAAUUCCAAACAUAAUGCAUCUAGACUUGAGCUUCAAUGGAUUCUCCGGCAACCUUCCUCUUGAGCUCACUAGAGUCCCCACCUUAAAGUUCUUGAUUCUGACUGGCAACUCAUUCUCUGGCAGCAUUCCACCCGAGUUCGGUAAUCUCACUGGCCUCCAAGCGCUCGACGUCUCUUACAACCGGCUCACGGGAAGAAUCCCGCCGGAGAUUGGGAAAUUGACGUCUCUCUUGUGGUUGAUGCUUGCGGAGAAUUUUUUGGAGGGAGAGAUCCCCCCGGAGAUCGGUAACUGCAGCAGCUUGUUAUGGCUGAACCUCGCCAACAAUAAGCUUUCCGGCAAGCUACCAAAUGAGAUAUCCAGGAUUGGGAGCAAACCAGAACCCAUAUUCGCCUCCAACAGGAGAAACCUUGCAGGACCAGUAGGCUCCAGUGAGUGCCUGGUAGUGAAGAGGUGGAUUCCGGGGAACUAUCCUCCUUUUACCUUCGACUAUGCUCUCCUCAAUCAGAAAAGCUGCCUGGACUAUUGGAACAGUCUCAUCAAAGGCGACGCGUCCUUCCAGAUCUGUGUGAACACUGGCGGCAACGUCUCCAGGAAGGACAUAGUCUCUGGCUAUCUCCAGCUCACCGGGAACGAACUCUCCGGCGAGAUCCCCGCAUCACUUGGUCAGAUGAAGACGCUCAGCCUGAUCAAUCUUGGCUUCAACAAGUUCACCGGCAAACUCCCAUCUGAGAUUGGCCAAAUCCCGCUGAAGGUACUAAACGUCACCACCAACAACAUAUCCGGCCCGAUUCCCCAAGAGCUCGGCAACCUUAGGUGCCUGGAGAGUUUGGAUCUCUCGUACAACAAUUUCUCCGGUGAAUUUCCAGUGUCCUCCUUGUCUCUCCUGAACGAAUUGAGCCAUUUCAACGUUUCGUUCAACCGACUCCUUAGUGGAAAAGUUUCAGCCACGGGGCAACUCGGUACCUUUGGCGAUGAUUCUUUCAUGGGCGACCCACUUCUCUUUGUCGACUUCCGUGCCAACUCUUCGGGUCGCUCCAAGACCAUUCAUAUGCCGGCUGACCGCCCGCCGUCGACCCACGGUAGGAGGCCGCCGAUAUCACGGAAGGCGAAGACAGCAAUCUUCAGUCUCACUUUUCCGGUGCUCGCCAUGGGACUCAUCAUCUGUGGGAUCCUCGCUCUGAUACUCUGUCACAUCGCAAUACCACCGGAUGACCCCACAACCGAGAUGGCAGUUUUCAGGGGGAAAACGGCGGAGGAUUUGGGUGGUUCCUCGUCAUCUUCGCCCAUGAGGGAAUACGCCAAUCCAGUCAAGAUCAUCUGCCUAGACAAGACGGCUUUCACCUACGCAGACAUUUUGAUGGCAACAGAGAACUUCUCCGAGCAAAGAAUCAUCGGAACUGGAGGGUUCGGAACGGUGUACAGGGGGGUGCUCCACGAUGGAAAGGAAGUGGCCGUGAAGAAACUGCGGAGGGAGGGACCUGAGGCGGAGAAAGAGUUCCGCAUGGAGAUGGAUGUAUUGAGCGGAGGUGGCAUGGGUUGGUGCCACCCCAAUCUUGUGGUGCUCCAUGGUUGGUGUCUGUUCGGUGCCGAGAAGCUCCUCGUCUACGAGUUCAUACCGGGGGGCACGUUGGAGGAGGCGGUGGCGAACGGGCGGCUCGGCGGGUGGCGCAACCGAGUGAGGGCUGCAAAAGGGGUGGCGAGGGCGCUCGUCUACCUCCACCACGAAUGCCACCCGGCGGUGGUGCACCGCGACGUCAAGGCGAGCAACGUGCUGCUGGACGCAGAAGGCCGGGCGAGGGUCACGGACUUCGGGCUCGCUCGGAUGGUGGGACCAGGAGACAGCCACGUCAGCACGUGGAUUGCGGGCAGCGUGGGGUACAUGGCGCCAGAGUACGGGCAGUCGUGGCGGGCCACCACCAGAGGCGACGUAUAUAGCUACGGCGUCGUGGUGAUGGAGAUAGUGACCGGCCGGACGGCGAUCGGCGGGGCGGACGGCGAUCCCUGCCUUGUUGACUGGGUGCGAGGGCUUCUGGCGGCGCCGCUUGGGCUGAAGUCGGCCGUGGACCCUGCCCUGAAGCAGGAAGCCGACGCGCUUGAGCGGAUGGUCAGAGUUCUUCAUUUGGCUUUGAGGUGUACAGACGACACCCCGGCUAAGAGGCCGGACAUGAGGGAGGUGCUGUCGAAGCUGGUGGAGAUCGAAGGUGGGUCGACGUUACCGUCGCCGUCGUCGUCCCCUUGUUCAUAGCAGGCAGGCAAUUGCAUUGUCCAUUACACGUACAUACAUUCUACAUCUUAUUCCUCAACAACAAAUUCAAUUCAAUUCUAAACCAAACUAAAGGGCGAAGCUACGCUGUUUCCUGGUCAAGAUCAUGGCGACGAGGCUGAAUGAUGGUGGGCGAUGAUGCUGAAUGGUGGGGACAACUCACAUGAUUCUCCUUAGAAAAAUCGGUACUCGUUUGUUGGGCUCCCACGCGUUCCCACCCCGAGCAGCAUUGAGGCGUCACCAUCAACUCCGUUUGCUGUUUCACCUACUUAGGCCAAGAAUGUUGACCUUCAAUCCUCAUUGGGUUGGUGUACAUUUUUCCAUUUUGUUUUCCUAACCACUAAUAAGACAUUAUUAUUCGUCUUCCUGGAGAAGGAAAAGGCGGUUCCAGACAAAAUCGAUGACUGGAUGAAGUGUCUAGUGAUUUCUCUUUCAUUUAGUAUUGCAAGGUGCUGAUAUUUUCUUCGAUAAGCAAGAGAAAAGUUGGAACACGCAAGCAAGUGGUGGUUGUUGUUGAAUAGAUGUGUGAGUAUUAGUUUAUAUGUAUCUGCAGCUGAAGAGUUGCCAUCAAUUACAUGACUGGUCACUCAGCAAGUGAAGUCAUCUACUGCCCACUUUCAGCAAGCAUCAUUGCUAUAUGAAGCAGAACGCGUGCUUCAUGUCCAUAUUCAAUAUGAAGGUUUUGGAAGUAACGUCAAGAAAGGGCUAUUUCUUGGCGCAGAUUGGAGU